AUGGUCUCCGGUCCCAAGGAGAAUGGAACCGACUUUCGGGAGAAAGAUGGCAAGGAGAUGAGGGAUCGACCUCCAGAGAAAUCUGCUGCCCUUCAGCGGGACAGAGAGGAGGGUGAUGUUCGAUUCUCGCAGACGCUCUCGGCGCUGCCAAGAAACUCAGGCCCGGGAGUUUUCACGUCCAUCCUGGCGAAGCUUGCCCGCGAGCGGCGCUGGUGGGACGUUGACGCCGUCUUUGCAGAAAUGUCGGCUCGCAGUAUCAGGCCAAACCGCAUCCAUCUAAAUGCGGCCAUCAACGUCUUUGCGAAAGCGAGGAGGCCACAGAAAGCGGAGGAAUGGCUGAUAUGGAUGCAGGACAACGAUGUGAAGCCCAACGAGGUCAGCUACAACAGCGUCAUCAAUGCUUGUGCACAAACUGGCUAUGUUGAGCGCGCCGAGAUGUGGCUUGGGCGCAUGCUGGAAGCUGGCAUUCAGGCAAACGAGGUCAGCUACAACAGCGUCAUCAACGCGUGCGCGCAGAAGGGUCGCGUGUCCCGCGCGGAAGUCUGGCUCGAGAGGAUGCUGGCGGCUGGAGUGAAAACUGAUGCCUUCAGCUACAACAGUGUCAUCAACGCUUGCGCUCAACGACGUGACAUUGAGCGGGCGGAGACAUGGCUGGAGAAGAUGCUCAGCGAGGGCAUCCAGGCAGAUGAAGUGAGCUACAGCAGUGUCAUCAAGGCAUGUGUGCAGAAGGGUGAGUUGGACCUCGCCGGGUACUGGCUCGAAAGAAUGGCUGCAGCCGGAUUGCAAGCUAACGAGGUGACCUACAACACCGUCGCAGGAGCCUGUCUUGCUGCGGGUGAUAAGGAGCGCCUUGAGAGAUGGCGAAAGCUGAUGAGAUUGGAGGAGCCGUCCGUGGGCCGCAGUCCCUUGCAGAAGCCAUCGCGGCCCUCUGCAUGCACCACUCGGAACUUAGACGAGGUGGACAAGGACAUCCUCAGUGACACCCUGCCAAAGAAGCCGGAUGACCUUGCGCGCCGUCGUCGCACCGAGCGGCGUCGUGAGGAUGGAGGCCGAAGCUGGGAAUGUGGGAGUUUCAGAAAACAAGGCCCCGUGGUAGAAUUGCAAGGUAAAACAGGAGGAUCCUGUAUGUAA